CGCCGUCCCAUGUGAACGUGUUGUUCCCGCGAUUCGUGUCGAUUUUUUUUCCCACCCUGCACGAUGUCCGAUUAACUCAAAAUGAACAGUGUAUUCUGAACGAUAUCGGGUGUCAUCGAGUGACAUGCGUCAAAUUUUUCAGAACAGAAUGCACAGUGUAGCAAACAUGUGUUUGUCGCAACAGUGAACGAACAGUGGAAUUGAUGUAUCAAAAUGUAAAUCUGCCUUUUGGGAAUUGGCUGACACGUGUGUGAUCUGGUGAUCUAAUCGAUAUUACGAACGAUAUUAAUUAUUGAUGACGUCGAGAUUGAAGAUCAGAUGUGAGACGGUUGUAGUAGAGAAGGGACACAUGUGACUACGAUUGCAAAUCCGUUAAUACGGUUGGAAAGCAUCGAGAAGUAGGUGAUAAUCGACGAAGCAACGAACGAUUAAUGAGAGUGUGUAAUUAAAAAUGACGGGUCGCGAGUCCCGGAAUUAUUAAGGGACUCUUUACGAGGGAAUGGAUUUUCAGAGCGCUAUGGACACGUUUGUAGAGGCAUGGAUGGCUGCUAAUACGAAACCAGAACAGAUACAGAGCCAAGCUUUGGCAUUGACACACAAGGCCUCUCCACCUUCGAGGCCGACCAGCGUGUCCCCAUUACCGAGGAGUCCCCAAUCUCACCAAUCCCAACAAUCUCAGCCGCAAAACUCAACUCAGCCUCCGUCGGUGCAUCCUCAUCAAUCGCAGACACCCCUAAGUGCACCCCAGACACCCUACUCUGCGCACAAUCAACACCCGAAGCAAGAAGCGAACGCAAGCCCGAAACAGGAGGGAUUCGACCUCAGUAAAUCUACCUCCAACACGGGAAAGAACCUCCCAGUUCACUGUGUCGUCGAGACGAUUCACAAUAUCGUAGAAAGUCAUGUAAGCAAUUCCCGUGAGAAUUGGCGGAGGCCUCAAGUAGAGACGGACUCCUACGUUAUCAUUCCCGUAGCCAUGCCUUUUCAAGAUUUGGUGGGAGAAGCGUUGAUACGUCUUGGAUAUUCGAGUGAUUUGAUACCCGGUGCUAGGGGAAGCAUCGUUAUAAGAAACUGGAAACCACUGCCAAUGGAGAAAGUCGCGGACGGUCCUCUUUUAACAGUGGGUGAUAUUUUAGCCGAACUGACGUCGGUCGCGACUUUAAAGAUUCAAGUGUACAGAUCGAGACCACCACCGCCAAGUCCAGCGGCCGAAGUUAGAAAUAAAUUGUUAAGACUGCUAUUGUUGCAUAGCCACGCGCUUCUCGUGUCAGCUGGUUGCCCUCUAGACGAGAUGACAUUAUUAUCUCUAUGUAGAGGUGGUAACGAUUUGUCCGAGGAGACCAAGAGAAACUUCGAGUCGUGGUUGCAACAACAACAGUUGGGUUUAGGCUUGAAUCCAAUGGUACCUACCUCGAACCACCAUCAUCAUCACACGCAGAGCCCUCAACCGGAAGGCGGUGGUACCAUCAGCACAGCUGGUGGUACAAUCGGUCCUCCACAUCCAGCUCUGCUUCAAUACUCGCAUAAAACAAGGAUGAGAACAAGUUUCGAUCCUGAACUGGAAUUACCACGCCUUCAACGAUGGUUCGGUGAGAAUCAACACCCGUCACGUCAACAGAUUCAACACUACGUCUCGGAAUUGAAUGCCCUAGAGUCGCGACGGGGCAGGAAGCCAUUGGACGUAAAUAACGUUGUCUACUGGUUCAAGAAUGCCAGGGCUGCUCAAAAGAGAGCCGAAAACAGGGGUGUCAAUGGGUACAGCCCUCCUGGGCUCAGUCCGAGGGGUGCCAGUGUUGUUAGCGAAGACUGCACCGAUGAGGAGGACGAUUCCAGAAAUCAGUCUACAUCGCCUUCCCCUUGUCCACCUGGAAGUCCUCCCGUAGGACCAUUAUCCUUGACAACCAGACCAGAAGACCAACAACCACCACCGACAACGCCGGCCUCGGUGAAGCAGGAAGACGCCAGAGUGUCCUCCGGUUCCGAGGACGAAGAAACAAGGCCGACAGGUCCUUUGCCUCCUGGAUUUUCUUUGGUACCGAGUCCGAUGUUCGGUCAUGGUAUCAUGUACAUGUCACCUUACCUACCGCCACGUGGACCAGCUGGUUGUUCUACCAGUAUGCUGGACGAAAGAAGGAAAAGGAAUAGAACCUUCAUCGACCCCGUGACGGAAGUGCCGAGAUUGGAAGCUUGGUUCACUCAUAAUACUCAUCCCAGCCAUGCGUUGAUACUGAAAUACACGGAGGAACUGAACCGGAUGCCGUAUAGACAGAAGUUUCCCCGGUUAGAGCCGAAGAAUGUACAAUUCUGGUUCAAGAAUCGUCGGGCCAAGUGCAAACGUUUGAAAAUGGCGCUGUUCGAGGGCGAAGCACCUCAGCCUCAUCCAUAUCAUGCAGAUUAACUCGUUCCCUCAUGUAACGUAAAAUAGGAACAGUGGGGCCUCGGGAGGCAAUUAACGACUAUGUACGAAGACGGAAAGAUGAAGAAUGAAACAUCGUUAAUCAACCUGUUACUCAUUAAUCUCGUUGACUUUGCGACCACCCUCACGGCUCGCACUUUUGUUGUAAUUAACGCGUAACGAUUAAUAUAAUUAUUAUUGACUCUCGAUGAGUGUACAUAUGAAAAUGCUAUCGAAUAAAA